AUGAACUUCCUGAAAAUAAUUGGUCAGUUUACGACAGAUUCUGGAUUUGCUGACGUAUGGUUGGACAGUGGUCUAUAUGCUCAGUCCACAAUUGAUGGUAUUUUAUCUGGUAAAAAGUACAAUAAAGCUAUACGAGCCCAUAAGUUGACAUACGAAGCUGUGUCAAGAUUAUUAAUAACUCUGUAUAAGAAGUGGCUUUUAGGCUGUGCUAGUCCUUCUGUAUAUCUACCCCCACGCACCAUUGGCCGAUUUACGGAUGCAGCGCGCAACACACCCCGACAAUCCCAUGCCAGAACAAUAUCAAGAAAGCUCCAAUUCAAAAUAGUAAUAUCGCUCCCGAUCUUCGAGCUGUUAUACAGACUUUUUAAUAUUAUUGUGAAUUUGUUUAGUGUUUAUUUGUGCAAGACUAUGCUCAUUCAUGAGAAGAUGUCCCAGGGGAUCAUUUCCCCUCCAUCUACACCGCCCCUAAAGAAUAUUUCUGAUGACGAACACAUGCAGCAAUCAACGAUUCUGCAACUCAGAAACUUCUUGGGCCAGAAAAGAACUAUACAAACAUCUGGACUGCUUACACCACAACCGUCAGAUUCAGAACCUGAAGAACAUGAUAUUCCUUUGAAAAAAAGGUACCGGAUCAGCAAUCUAGAAAUCCCUUACCCACCCCCAACAAUAACCCCACCUAAAUCGCCUUCAAAAACACCACCCCUUUAUCCUCCACCCACUCCUAGUCCUAUUCCUUUAAUUAAAUCAACUUCACCGAUUUUCCCCAAACCUAAUGUAGUUCCUCAACAAACAUAUGCUCCAGUUCAAAUAUUUUUCCCACCCUCUCCACCAGUUGCACCUGUUGCAAAACCACAGCCGACACCAACUAGAUCAGUUUCUGUUAUUAUGAAAGCCAACAAAACUGGUAUCUGCACAUCCUUGCCAAUUCCUCAACUGAAAGAAAAAGGGGAAGAAAACUUACUGAAGAGUUUGAAGUUUAAGAUGGGAAAGAACAAGGAACGAGUAAAAAGCUGUGAAAAAGAUGUCUCGAGGGAGGAGAAGGAAGAAGCCAAGCCGGAGCCAGUAGUUACCCAGAAAAUAUCCCUGCCUAUUCUAGCUCCUAAACUGAUAUCUCCCGCCACUCCGAACACAAUAUUCAUCUCAGCAGAUGGUACAGUUCUACCUACGCAGUUCGUUCUCAUCACCCACACCCCUCCAGCUACAGUACCGACGAGAAGAAGAGUCUACGAAUGCAAAUAUGAAGGUUGUGGGAAAAACUACUUCAAAUCCUCUCACCUUAAGGCCCACAACCGCAUCCACACUGGGGAAAAACCGUUUGUAUGCCAAUGGGCUGACUGUGGAAGGAGAUUCUCCAGGUCUGACGAACUCUCCAGGCAUAAAAGAACCCACACUGGAGAAAAGAAGUUCAAGUGCUCCCAUUGCCAAAGGAAGUUCAUGCGAUCAGACCAUUUGGCCAAACACGUCAAAAGACACACCAAAGAAAGGCUGAACACCCAAAAAGUUAAUGUCAUGCCUGUACUGAGACCGAUUCAACCUGCACCUAAGCUGUCAUAAUUUUGACAAGGAGGUCAAUUUUUUGCAUAAUCUUCGUAUUUUUUUGUGGAGUUUAUUUACAGGAAAUUGUAUAUUUUCGGGAUGUUGUAAUAUGCUGUGAUAAUUGUUCAUAUUUCGUUUGAUAACUUCAUUAAGAUAAAAUUGUAGCAAUAUUUGUCAAUCACGAUAUUUUCAAAAAAAUUGGUUGCAUAAACAGUGGGCAGCAAAGAAAUAUCGACAAUCAUCAUAUCAUAACAAAUAUUAUCACGUUUCCAUGGUCUGUUUCUAAUAUAAUAAUGAUCUCUAAAUAUUUAAACAGUUGUAGCUGUUAACAUUAUUUUCCUAUCUUAUCUGCAGUUGCUAAAUUUGGUUUGUUUGUUCCACGAUUCUAAAUCGGCGGAUGCUAAUUUUUUUCUGCAGUCAUAAUAUGAUGAGAGUAGGUACAUUCCUCUUCAGAUCAUGUCAAUGCAAUUAGUGAAAAGUAACUUUUCACAUUUUUAUCUGUGAUUUAUGAAAUUUAUUUAUUUUCGAUGUAUUAUUAGCUUGUAAUUGUUAUAAAUGUAGAUAUUGUAAAAAUAGUUUUCAGUUUUUUAUACCUUCAAUUCUAUUAUGUAAUAAAAUGUUUUGUAAUAUAUUAUAUAAUGACUAGAAAGAAACAUUUUGGUCAAUAAAUGAUAUAUAAUUCAAA